UCUCUCUCAUCAGACAACCAUGUCGGUUGCUGACACUGCCCUCUACGACGUGCUUGGCGUCUCACCUUCGGCGUCGGACAAGGAGAUCAAGAAGGCGUACCGGAAGCUCGCGCUGAAGCACCAUCCGGACAAGAACCCGGACGGCGCAGAGAAGUUCAAGGAGAUUUCUGCGGCGUUUGAUGUGCUCUCAGACCCGCAGAAGAAGGAGAUCUACGACCGGUAUGGCAUGGAGGGCCUCGAGGGUGGCAUGGGCGGCGGCGGCGGCGGCAUGGGCGGCUUUGGCGCCGCAGACAUCUUUGAGCAGAUGUUUGGCGGCGGGUUCUUUGGCCGCGGCGGUCGCCGCCGCGGUCCGCCCAAGACCGAGGACAUGAAGCACCGCAUGGGCGUCAAGCUCGAGGAGCUGUACAACGGCAAGGUCAAGAAGAUCGCCGUCAAGAAGAACGAGCUGUGCGAGACUUGCGACGGCAAGGGCGGAUCCGAGGUCCGCCGCUGCACCGCCUGCAACGGGCAAGGCAUCCAGAUCCAGCUUCGCCAGGUUGGCCCGGGCAUGGUCCAGCAGCUGCAGUCCAAGUGCCGCGACUGCCGCGGCACCGGCGAGUUCAUCCGCCCCGGCGACCGCUGCACCGGCUGCUCCGGCGAUAAGGUCGUGGUCAAGAAGAAGGUCCUCCGCGUCGAAAUCGACCCGGGCAUGGCCACCGGCGAGAAUAUCGUGUUCCGCGGCGAGGCCGACCAGGCCCCGAACCACCUGCCUGGCGACGUCGUCAUUGUCCUGCAGCAGGAGGAUCACCCGAUCUUUACCCGCGACGGCGACGACCUGUACGUCGACAAGGAGCUGACCCUGGUCGAGGCUCUCUGCGGCUACCAGUUCCUUGUCACCCACCUCGACGGCCGCGUCCUGCUCGUCACCUCGGAGCCUGGUGAGAUCAUCAAGCCUGGCGACGUCAAGUGCAUCCGCAACGAGGGCAUGCCGCGCCACGGCUCGCCCUUUACCCGCGGCCGCCUCUUUGUCAAGUUCACCGUCGCCUUCCCGCCCGCAGGCACCUUUACCCCCGAGAAUGCCCGCGUUCUCGAGUCUGUCCUCCCGCCGCGGCCGAAGCUCCCGGCCUUUUCCCCUGACGACGUCGAGGAGGUCCACUUGCACAACUACGAUCCGUCGUCCCACGCCCACACAGGCCGCUCCUCGCACGCUCACGGCAACAACGCUUACGACGAGGACGAUGAGGCCUACGGCGGCGCCCCGGGUGUCUCUUGUGCCCAGCAGUAAAGCCCAACCACAGAGA